GCUUUUCUUUUGUGUGACUUGUGUGAGGUUAAUUUAAAAUAUGCACUAGUAGCAUCUCCAAGCAAUAUUUGUCUCUAGUUAUUGUAUUGGUCUGAUAUUUCUCACAUAAUGGCGUCAGUUUCUACCGCCCCAGCGCCGGGUAUGCACCAGAUCGACUUGUCCAAGUUAAAUCUUCACCAGUUGGCUCAGCUCAAGCAGCAACUAGACCAAGAGCUAAAUGUCUUCCAAGAUUCUCUUUCAACGCUAAAGAUGGCACAAGGCAAAUUUGUUGAGUCUGGCGAGAGCGUGGACAAAAUUACACCUAGUAGCAAGGGCAAGAGUAUUCUGGUACCACUAACAGGCUCCAUGUAUGUGCCCGGUACUAUAGCAGAUACUGAACAUGUAGUAAUAGAUAUAGGCACAGGGUAUUAUGCACAAAAGGACAUAGAAGGUGCUAAAGAUUAUUUCAAAAGAAAAACCCAGUUUGUAACAGAACAAAUGGAGAAAAUCCAAGCCAUGGGCAUUGAGAAAUCAAAGGUCCGUGAAGCGAUCUGCAUGAUGAUGGAAAUGAAGCUGCAGGCUCAGGCGCAGGCGCAGAAGCCUUCCACCUCAUAACAAUGGAACAAGCCACUCACCCGCUUGCUUGAUCACAUAUUUAAACUUUGUAUUGAUACUGGUAUUAAAGACUUU